UAACCAAGCAUCUCUCUCUGUUCUUUAAWACAGGAGCUGCUCAGGGUGAUGAGGACGAUCGAUGACAGAAUCGUCCAUGAAUUAAACACUACAAUUCCAACAGCUUCCUUUGUGGGGAAGGUUGAUCCUGGCCAGACGUGUAAACAGCUCUACCAGUCUCUGAUGGAUGCUCAUACCAACAGAGAAAGAAUCAUCAAAAACUGCAUCUCUCAAACUUCCUCUGUAGUGAAAACUCUCAAAGAAGAGAGGGAAAAGUCUCAAGAUGAUAUAGCAUUAUUAAAGCAACUCAGGAAAGAGCAGACAAAGUUGAAAUUGAUGCAGUCAGAGCUCAAUGUUGAAGAAGUGGUAAACGACAGAAGCUGGAAGGUAUUUAAUGAGCGGUGCCGAAUUCACUACAAACCUCCGAAGAGUCAAUGAUGAUGUGGGUAUUUUCCAUCAAGGUAGUCCAUAACUAUGAGAGCCAAACUGGAAAGAGACCUUGGGUGAGCUGAAUUGGGACCCUCCAGAACCAGUAGAACCCAGUCUUGUUCUGUUUUGGACCUACUUACGUGAAUUCUCAAGCUUGAAAUGAUUAUCCUGUAAUUAAGAGAAAACAACUCAUCUUUUGUACAAAAUAUGUGAACAAAUGAAUUUUAUAGUAUUAAACCAAUUUUCAAAUGGAAUGCAAAACUGGCAUCUUUYUUGAACUUCUACAGUGAUCCCAGAGGGGAAGAAAGAGUAAAACCCAUCCUGAACAGAGAGAACAAGGCUCUCCCUAAGCUAGUGUCUGCUAAACUAUCAGCAAAUGUGUUUUUUUAUGGAAAUAUUCUGCUAAAGUCUGAAAGGAAAUAAAAAUUGCAGACUGAUCAAGUGUAGUAGGUUCAGCAUCUCUGAAAUGAGGAAGCUCCCAGCCUUGUUCUGAGCUGCUCAACACAAAGAGCAGUGGCUGUUACAGAGCUGUGUGUGGAUAGAGGUUUUGCUGUUGUUCCUGUAAUGCUGAUGGUCUCCUCUGUUGCUGCCCUUUGGUCUGUGGCACCAAAUUCUGGAGUUUUCCUUUAUACAGGGAAUGUGGUGCUGAUUAAAACCACUUUGGAUUAAAGACCAAGAUGUGUCUCAGCUGGGAAUAAGACAGUCCAGAGACCCAUUUCUGUGUCUCCUUCUGAACCUUUAGGAUUAGUUCUGAAGGUGAAUUGUGUUUGAGCUGAGGAAACAGCUGAUCCUGUUGAUCCUGGCCAUGGUGUUGUGUUUAGAAAGCUUUAAUGCAGCACCCCUGCAUUAACAUGGCAUUGAAWGACAGAUAAGUAGGAGAAAGCUGAAUUGCUGCAUAAACACCUGUAAAUUUUACCUUUUACUUUUUAUUUUGUGUUUAUCUCAGAUUGGCUGACAUUCAAGUGACCAGGUCUAUGUGGUUGCCAGCUGGUUU